UCUCUUCUCGAGGCUCAUCCAAGACACAAGCAUCUCUCAAGACGCGAUGGCACGUACCGUAUUGGCAGUCCUGGCUGUGGUGUUGGCAGCGGUGGUGGCAGAACCCAGCUACCCACGCCCCGCCCCCCCCGCACCCUGCCCACCCAAGCUCCAAUAUGUCACCAAGUACCAAACCCAGUACCAGGAGGUCCCAGUCUACCAGACCGCCUACAAGACCCAGGUCGUGCCCACCACCCGCUACGUGACCCAGUACCAAACCCAGUACCAGACUCAAUACCAGACCGAGUACGUGCCCAAGUACGUGACCCAGACCGCGUACAAGACCCAAGUCCAGUACGUAACCCAGACCCAAGUGCAGUACCAGACCCAGUACCAAACCCAGUACGUCACCAAGUCUGAAUACGUGCCCAAGUACGUCACCCAAACCCAGUACCAGACCCAGUACGUGACCCAGACUCAGUACCAGACCCAGUAUACCACCCAGUACGCUCCCCAGUACGUCACGGAGACCCAGGUCAAAUACCAGACCCAGUAUACCACCCAGUAUGCUCCCCAGUACGUCACCGUCACUCAGCAGUCCUACAAGACCGUUUGCCCCAAGCCAGCCUACGGCUAUUAAGCUCGACGUCCAUGUAACGCGCUUGUAAAGUUAUAUAUUAAAG